GGAACAGGGGUUUGGAUCCGGUCGAGAGACCGAAAAAGGCCAGCUAAACGCAUGCACCUUGGGGGUAAAGUAAGGCAGUAGUUAACGACGGUAGCCCCAUCGCAAGCAUCUUUGCCUCGACGACUUCCCCCAACCUAAUGUCGACAUACCUGUAGAUUCUAGGAGCUCUGAUUCAAAAACUCCUGCUUUUUUAUUUCUUGCGUCUUGCGCGCAUUUUUUUGGGCUUUGCUACCAAUUGGUUUCCCCCCCCCCUUCUAGCCUCUUGUCGAGGCACCGCUCCCUCCCCGAGCCGGCAUCAUGUGGUUUACAUCUUGCCUGUCGGCCUUGUGCCUAGCCGCAACCGGCGCGCUGGCGGCUAUUUCUGUAGAUGACUCUGGAGAAGUCAAGAGCAUAGGGCUCAGGACACACUCCCUCAUGCAGCCCUACCUAGACUCUGAUAUGCAAAGUCGGUGGUAUGACUUUGGAGGAGAUACCAUUAUCCGAACGGACCAAUAUAUCCGCCUCACUUCGGACAGGCCGUCACAGAUGGGCUCCUUGUGGUCGCGCGUACCAUUGACAGCAACAAACUGGGAAAUUGAGGUCGAGUUUAAGAUACACGGCAAGCACCAGCUUUACGGUGACGGCUUCGCCAUGUGGGUGACUAAAGGGCGCAACGAUGUUGGCCCUGUAUUUGGCAACGCCGACAAAUUUGAGGGUCUGGGUCUCUUCUUCGAUACCUACAAGAACAACCGCCCGGGCGUGGUCUUCCCCUACGUCAUGGCCAUGGUUGGUGACGGACACACGGCAUACGACAAGGACACUGAUGGAAAGGGCAACGAGUUUGCGGGCUGCUCGGCCCGCGGAAUCCGACACGCCAGCAUUCCGACAAAGUUCCGCCUUACCUACUUCCAGGACAAGUCCCUCAAGCUGGAGCUGCAUUACAAGUCGGAUGGCGAGUGGACUACGUGCUUCGAGACAGACGAGCCGCCCACGAUCCCACAAGUCGCGUACCUGGGAUUCACCGCCGAGACUGGUGAGCUGAGCGACAACCACGAUAUCAUCUCCAUCAGCGCCAAGAACCUUUACACGGCCCAGCCCAGCGGCAGCAAGGACAACAAGAAGGCUGACAAGACCAAGGGCAAGAAGGCGAAGAAGGUUAAGGAGCACAAGGAGGGCGGCAGCUGGACCUGGAUGAUGAUCAAGAUCUUUUUGUUCAUUGUCGUCAUCGGCGGUGCAUACGUCGGCUACACGGCCUGGAAGACUAACAAGCGGUCGCACAGGUUUUGAGUGGAAUCAGAGAAGUGGGUGCAAAGCCGCGGCUCUACGUUGUUUGAUGACGAGCAAGGUGGGACCUGCCUGAAGAUAGUUGGCGCCCGGUUGAAGAAACGAACAAAAAAAAUUCAACAGAAACCCGCAAAAGAAAAAAAGAACAAAGUUCAGCAGCCGUUACGAGCAGGACCAAAGUACAUACAUACUUUUUUUGUACGCACUUGUGGUGCUAUUUAGAUGUGAUUAUGAUAAGACUUUCAGGGUCACACUAGUUUACGGUGUAAAGGAAGACCUGAAGCCUACUGCGAAUACAAAAUAUGGCGGAGACCGCAUAAAGGGUACACGGUUGAUUAAUCGAAGCUACUUAGGUACCUUGGCUUGUUUACCUUACAUCUCUCAUCU